AUGCAACAAAAGAAGUCAGAUGUUGAUGAAUGCGCACUCGACUUGUGCAAGGAGCCCAACUCGUGGUGUAUCAAUCUGCGUGGCUCAUUUGCGUGCUGCACUGCAAAUUCGACAUCCUCGACCUGUGUUGGCCUUGAAAUUACCGGUGGCCAAGAAGGCCAUCUGCAUGCCGCUAGUGCUGGCAUCCUUCGGACGCAAUAUGGUUCUUUGGCAUCAUCUUCGCCGAUAGCAACGAAAGAUAUUGGUUCCAGCGGGAAAAUAGUUUCUAAUACAUUUGGAACAAGCAAAGCACGGACUGGUCAAGAUGCUGGUGCCGACGCAUGGGGUCAUUGGAGCAGCGGUUCUAGUGGACGGAAGGGUGGAUGGGCUAUUGAAACGGUGGGAGAAUGGAAGAAUUUUACUGGCCAUGCGAUAAUUAUUGGGCGCGGUCGGAUUGAAAGCGGAAAAUGGAACUUAACUCAAGGUAUGGAUGGGAAACUAACUUGGACUGGGUUUUUUCUGCUUAAUGACAAAGGUUGA